AAAAGUCGAGAUAAGACGCAUUGAUAAAAAGUUGAAAAAUAAAUAUAAGCAAUGUUUAGACUGGAUGGAUUUUAUUUUUUGUUUACGGUUAUUCUUGUCUUUUGUGACUUCUAAGUCCCCAUGAUUAGUCUUAAGAUAAACAUUACAACAGGCGGUCUCGAAGAAAAUGGUUAAUAAAAUGGCAAAAGCAGAGUGGAUCCUGGAUAAGGUGGGGAUAGCGUGGGGUAUAGCUGGAACACUUCUGCUGAUUGGUUGUUUAUGCUAUUCUCACCUGAAGCGCUGCUGUAAAUGGCUCCGGCACAAAAUUUCCAAGCAAUCCCAUGAUCAUAUCUCAACAGAGUUUCACUUUACUCCAGACGACGUCUCCGAUGGCAUUAUAAUGAGACCAACAUCUAGACCUUUUCAUAAUUACAGAAGAACUACGCUGUCAAGCGAUCAACACGUCGGAAUAUAUGAACAUGAUGAAUGGGAGAACACUGGCUAUGUUGGAGAACUAUUCUCUCCGCCAAGAACUCACUUCAGUCAUCAGAAAAUGCCUAUAAGCACAACUGUGUAAUUAAAACAAAAGCCCAACUUCAAA